GUGCCGAAUCAAAUUUUUCCUCACAAGCGACCAAACUGGAAAGGACUGUUGAACAAAUUCAAAUCCAUGCAAAAAUGGCUAACUUAAAAUUCAACGAAGAUUACCAGAACUAUUUUGACCCAAAAAUCUACCUGGGUCAUUUUUAUGAAAAAUUGAGGGGAGACGAAAAUGAUUAUCCAUCAGUAGUGUUGGUAAUUAAAGCAAUCCACGAGUUUUGGUCGGUCUUUAAGGCACCAAAAGGCACGGAUGUUCGAUAUCUCGAGUUUGGUGGUGGACCUUCUAUAGCCAACCUUGUUUUUGCCUGUCCAAAAGUGGAUCAUAUUGUCUUUGCCGAGUAUGCAGAAGCGAAUAGGCAAGCCGUGAAAUCGUGGAUUGCUGGUGACCCAGACGCAUUCGACUGGAUGCCUUUAAUUGAAAUCGCUGUUCUUGAACUCGAACAAGGACGUGGCAUUCUAGAAAGUCCUACUGUACCGCGAACAGACAAAGAGAUGCUCGACUGUGUAAAUCGUGCUAAUGAACUGAAACGAAAAAUAAAAUCUGUUGUUCCAUGUGAUGUGUUCAAAACACCAAUAGUCCAACUUGAUACGGACGACGUUGCCAAAUCGUUCGACGUCGUCUCCACCAGCAUGUGCCUUUAUACAUGUGUGUCAUCUGAGGUGCACUACAAGAACACCGUCGCAGAACUUUGCAAAUUACUCAAACCAAACGGGUAUCUAUUCAUUCUCGGCUUCAUAGGGCAGACGUUUUAUCAUGUCGGCGAAGAAAAGUUUUCUACCUUUCCCCUAACCGAGAAAGUGGUGAAAGAAGCAAUGAAUGAAGCAGGAAUGCAAAUUUUGAAAUUUGUAUCAACUCCAGUAUUGUACUCAACCGAGUGUUUUGAUGGUAAAGCUAUAUAUUGUACUCAUGGCAGAAAAUCUGCGGCCAGAGAGUAACAAUCAACACAAACUUGCAACAAUUAUUAGUAGAAUUUGGGCUUUUUGGUUAUUACAGUUAGCAUGUAUCCACGUUUCUGUAAAAUUUACAGCUGUUAUUUACCGCUUUAUAACAAUAAUUCAUUUAUGUACUAUGUAAUUAAAUAGCUUGUAUUGUAUAAUAAAAACCUGUUCCAGGCAGAUGUUUUGGUCAAAAAA